GCGCGCUCUGACGCCCGCCCUCAGGCUGCUGGGGUCGCGCGGCUGCCGCUAUUAGUAGCCUGCGCGCCUCUCCCGUGAAGCAUUUGUCGUCUGGGCGCAGGGAGGCGGGUCGGCCUUCGUCCUCUCGCUGCUUCCCCCACUCCCUGGGAGUAGCUCCUGCUCGUCCGCACCAUGGAGGCGCAGAAGGAAGCUCUGCAGAGGAUUAUCUCCACAUUGGCCCACAAAAAUGAUGAAAUCCAAAACUUCAUUGAAACUCUAAAUCACACUUUAAAAGGUGUACAGGCUAAUUCUUCCAAUGUAAUUGCUGAGUUGGAUGAGGAGUUUGAUGGCUUAUAUGCAAUACUCGACGAGAUGAAGGAGAGCAUGUCAACUAGUAUCAAGCAAGAACAAGCUCAUAAAACCCAAGAACUUCAGAAUCAACUUAGCCAAUGUAGUAAUGCCCUGGAGAACUCUGAAGAACUGUUGGAAUUUGCUGCUCGUUCACUGGACAUAAAGGACCCUGAGGAAUUUUCAAAGGCUGCCAGACAGAUCAAGGAUAGAGUCACAAUGGCUCCAGCGUUCCGCCUGUCCUUGAAACCCAAAGUGAGUGACAACAUGACGCACCUGAUGGUGGACUUCUCUCAAGAAAGGCAUAUGCUCCAGGCUCUAAAGUUUUUGCCAGUGCCCAGAGCUCCAGAGAUAGUCCUAGCAGAUUGUAUUGUGGCUGACAACUCUGUAACGAUUUCAUGGCAAAUGACAGAAGAAGACAACAAAAUUGAUCACUAUAUACUAGAAUACAGGAAAACCAACUUUGAUGGGCUUCCUCGAAUAAAGGACGAGAGGUGCUGGGAAUCUGUGGACUACAUUAAGGGCACUGAAUAUACAUUAUCGGGUCUGAGGUUUGACUCAAAAUACAUGAACUUCCGUGUCAGAGCUUGCAACAAGGCCGUGGCUGGGGAUUAUUCUGAUCCAGUGACUUUAGAGACGAAAGCUCUUAUAUUUAACCUGGAUGGUUCAUCGUCUCAUCUUAACUUGAAAGUUGAAGAUUCCUAUGUGGAGUGGGAUUCUACAGGAGGCAAAAGCCAAGAAAACAAAAUUAAAGGAAAAGAGAACAAAGGCAGUUGCCAGAUUACCCUUCUGAAGAACAAUACAAGAAGUGGAACUCCUUCCCCAAAGCGAUCAUCUGUUAGCUCACGUUCACCUUUGAUCAGGGGCAGCAGAGAUAGAUUUACUGGGGAAUCGUACACAGUGUUGGGAGAUACUACUAUUGAGAACGGGCAACAUUACUGGGAAGUGAAAGCCCAGAAGGAUUGCAAAUCCUAUAGUGUGGGAGUAGCGUAUAAAAAUUUGGGGAAAUUUGACCAGCUAGGGAAGACUAAUACAAGCUGGUGCGUGCAUGUGAACAACUGGCUCCAGACUACAUUUGCAGCCAAACACAACAACAAAGCAAAAUCGCUAGAUGUCCUGGUUCCAGACAGGAUAGGAGUCUAUUGCGACUUUGAUGGAGGUCAGCUCUCUUUCUAUAACGCAAGCUCAAAGCAGUUGUUGUACACCUUCAAAACAAAAUUCACCCAGCCGCUACUACCAGGUUUCAUGGUUUGGUGUGGUGGUCUCACCUUGACAACAGGACUGCAGGUGCCAAGUGCCGUGAAAACACUGCAGAAGAGCGAAAAUGGAUUAAGCGGUUCAGCCAGCAGCCUAACCAAUGUUGCCCAAUGAUAUUUUCACUUCAUGUUAACUGCUUUUUCUUUGCAGGUGUUACUCAAAGAGCUUUUGAGCAAUGCUUUAAUGUGUUCCUGCUACUUCUGAGGCCUAAGCACCACUAGUGGGGCUGAACCAAAACGUUAGCAGGAGUGUACUGUGAAUCUGCAGUGUAAUAGGAAAAUAGACUGAUCUUUUUUAAAAAAGAGAAUUGGGUAUUUGAGGUUGUAGCUAUCUACUACUGUUAGACUAAGUUUGACUACUUGUCUUACGGAUUCUUGACAGAUAACUUCAGUAUAACACGCAACAAAGGCAAGUAUGAUCUUGGUCUAAAAGGCCUUCCUUGCUUUUCUUCUCUCUAGGUUUCUAACACUCACUCCUUGAACCCAGAAAAGGAGAUGAGCUGGAGGGUAAUACACAGAAGCUUUAAAAAUGAGAGCCAUCUAAAAAAGCCAGUCUAACUUUCCAUAACUCAGUGUAAUGAAAAGGUGGUGGUGUGUGGUACAAAUACUUAGGUUUUGAUCACUGUCCUUUGAUUCAAGGUAGUUUUUACGCAGUUGGGCACCAUGAAUAACAUUGCCGAGAACUACACAGUCAUCUCAAGUAGUGCAUUUUAAACUGGUAUUUGGACAGUGUCCACUAACCAUGAAAAAUGCUUUGAGGAAUGGAAGAGAUUGUAGUAUUUCUGACCAGUCAGCUUAAGGAGCUUUUUGAAGUGCUUCCAUUUUCCUCUGUUAAAUCACCUGAGCUCAGUAAUGAGGCAGUUUAAGUCCCAUUUUUUGUAUUGUCAGCCAGUUUCAGUGUGUACUUCACAUGAUACACUUUUUUGAGGUUAAGUGUACGCUUAGAAUUAAGUCAUGUUUCACCAGCCAUUCUUAUCUGUAAGCUAAUGGCUUGUUGCCACACCUUUAGUUUCUAGGAUGUGCUCUGAAAACUGCUCCAGAGGCUCAAAAUAAUAUACUGUACCUAGUCAACUGCUAGAUGCAUCAGACACCUUAGUUUGUAACAUGGUAAGUGUCCGGAAUGAUGUUAUCUUCAAACCUCUAAAGCACUUUUCCUGUAGAUUUUGAAAGUGGAUUGUACAUUCCAGUUUUAAAGGCUCCAUAAGUUCUGAGUUUCCUCCAUGAUGUCGGAAGCAUAUAUUAAGAAUGUAGAUGGCAUGUUCAGAUUUUAUGGUAACUUCCAACCUUUGAACAUUUUGAGCUUGGUUCCCUAUUAAUUUCUCCAUCAUAGAACCUGGUACUAGGGUUUUGGGGUGUUGUUGUUUUUUACAUUCUGUGAUCUACUGUCUCACUCUUGAGAAAUUUCGCAGAAUAGUAUGAAGCAAACUUUUUAAUAAAGUGCAUCUGAGCAUUUUUUACUUGUGAGAAAUGGAUACCUGCAGUUGUCUCUGAAGUGUUAAGAAUUGAGUUUGAAUGUUCAACUUUCCCAACUGAACCAUGUAAAUUGCUUCCUCAGAAUCCCUGAAUGGCUACAGUAAUCCAAUCUGUUUACUCAAUUGUCCCUCUUGCAAAAGAGUAGCAAAUCACAGUAAAAUGUCUCAUGUUCUAAGAACUCUUAAAUACGAUGUUCUACCCAGUCUUACCAUGUUUUCUAACAAUCAAGGAACCCAGUAUUUAUCCCAUUGUAAUAAUGUGUUUGUUCUGUAAGACCCUUCAUGUAGUUCUGCUUCGUAUACCUUUGUAUUUGCAGCACUUAAGUUCACAUUUUUAUUCUUUGCAUAUUUGAUUUGUGAAAUAAAGAUGUUUUGAUAACUGGCUUGUUAUGCCCAAUGGAGAUAACAUGCCAACUACUACUAGGAAGAAAAUGUGGUAAAUACCUUUAUGAUGCUUUGACCAGUAUAAAUGGGCUUCUAACUAGUCAGAAUCAAGCUGCUAUACUCUCGGAAUUACAUAUUUUGGAGUAAGGCCUUUGUUCUAUGUACAGUUAAUAGAGGCACUUAACUGUCUUAAAAUGGUUGCAUCUGCUAACUGUCAAGUGUGAUCCAGACUCUGAAUCGACUAAAUACUUCACAGUUGCAAGUUCUACUGAAUUAUGCAGGCAUCUCUGUGAAUUUUCCACAACUCAGUGGAUCUGCAAUAUUUAUUCCAGAUGCAGUACUAGUGUUUAGAGGUUUGACAUGUAUUGGGAAACAUACAUUUGGAGCGGUGGGUUAUCCUUAUCGGAGGAACAUUACUGCUAGUGGAACAAUCUGAGGCAUAGGUGCUUCUGUUGGCUGCCCAGCUGGGUAGUUCCAUAUCAGUUUAAGGAAUUAGAGUAUGGUGACACGAGGAAAUGCCUUAAGCACUUUAGAUAUUGUUUAUGAAACUUGAACUAACAACAUUGAUAGGCUUGCAUUCUGUGGCAAGCAUGCAGAAAUUGGUGCAAUUGAGCAAAGCAAAUUACUCAGUUCGAUGGUUUUGAGCAGAACAAUUAUUUGAUUGUGUUUACUCUUCAGGUAGAUAUGCUAGAUUGGUUACAAGCAAGGCAUAGUGUGUAUAUAAUUUGUCUGCUUACUCAUUGUAAAAUUUGAAGUAUUUUUGUAUUUGUAGCUAAUGAAGGGUGGUUUUUUUUGUAUAUUUACAGCAAGAAGAAAAUGUGUAUUGUUAAUUUAGUUUACAGAAAUUAUGGAAUUGUCUACUGUGACAUAAUCAUGUAACACAACUUGACUCCCUUUUGUAUAAUAAAGUAGCAAAUGUAAUUCACAAUUGGGUUUAAAUCCAAAACUAUGUGAAUCUGCUUAGAGGUUUCUGAAGAGCAGCUGAAAGCCCAAGUCACAAGACCGUAUUAUGAAUGGUAUUUUAAGGGUGUAAGAAUGGAAGGUUUAUACAGUGACUAUACAAUACAGUCUUAAUAAUUCAGUUUAAGUUUGAGGGCUAUGUAAUGAACAUAAUACAUUCUCCUUUUAUUAAAGGAAGCAGAAAUACACCUAUAAGGCUGCCUGUUCUCUCCCUUGUCUCUUAGGACAGGAUUCCUUUCUGUGACGUAGGAACAGUUUUGAGGCAAUCUAAUUUGGCAAAUGUUGGCAUUUUAAUUAUGCAAGUGAGAACUUGGUGUGGUAUAUCAACUGACUUUGUUACUAUGCGGUUGGCACCCUUGGUUGACUCCAUAUUUUCUGGUCAUUACCUUCGUCCUUGGAAUUAAACUGAAGUGUUCUGGAAGCCUACUGACUUGAAAGGGAAACUUAAGCCUUGUUUUCCUCCCUUAGUACUGUACAAAUGAGCGGCUUCUCUCUGCAAGUGGGCUGCUCGUUUUCACCACCGGUAAAACACUUCUGCAUGUGCCUUUUCAAAAUGGCUCUUAUCAUUACUCUCCUAGUGUAAGGUAUUGAGAUAAGAAAGCAUAUUGAUAUUCUGCUGUCACACUGAACUUCCAAAAUGGGGAAAUUGUGCACUGACCUCAGGUACCCAGUGCUUCGCUCUUCAUCCUUGUCAAGUACCCUCGCACAACCACCCUACCUACCACAACACUGUACAACUGGGGUGCCUUAGAGCCCAUGGAGUGUUUUAAUUUGCUGUGUCUUUAAGUCAAACACAUCUUGCAGGGGUUUUGUAUUAAUAAACUUUUGAAAACUCGUA